CAAGAGUGUCCGGAAUUUACUUUCAUUCGCAGAAAAAUGUUGGAGAAUUUUGCUUUAGAUGCUGAAGUGUUCGACAAUCCCCUUAUCAAAUGGCAACUAGUUGCUUUAAGAUUUAUGGGAUAUGUGUUUGCCCGUACAGAUUCCUUUCCUUUGCUGCAUUUUCUCCGUGGGAUCUUGGUUUCGAUCUCAAUAUUUGUACUGGUUUUUGCACAGAAUUGCGGGGACCGAAAUCCGUAUCCACUUGAUGCCGGACGGGACCAAAUGGCUCGCAGUACUUGGCUCCAUUCAGAUAAUUUGGAAAGGUUAAGUCCUGCCUUGUGUACCAGCAUAACCUAUGCCAACUUGUUUAUAAAGAUUCUGGCAUUCUAUUGUUAUCGGAAAAGAUUUAAUCAAAUGCUGACGAAUGCCAAGGUGGGUUUAAAAAAAGUUCUAAUAACAAGUUUACCGAAGGAAAUUCAAAUGUACAACGGUUAUAUAAAAUAUAUCACGACCAUGAAUUAUACCAUUGUCAUGCCAUUCAUAGUGAUAGUUUUAAUGAUUUUUGCGGAAGGAGCGUAUUAUAUUAGGCACCAGUCGCAAGAGUGGACUAUACAGCGACAAGAAGGAAAUUCAACAAAGGCGAAAGGAAUGGACCAUUUAUUCGUUUUGUACUGCACGGGAAGUUUGAGUGAAAGCUUCUUUUUCACCUUCAUUUUACCUUACUAUAUGGUAUUGGUCGGCGGGUGUUCUUUGUACACUUGGCACACAUUCAGUGCAGCUUUAAUGCGAUUUAUUUCUUUUCGUUUAGAUGUGGUAAAAUACAGGCUUGAAAAUAUGUCAGAAUAUGCCGAUUAUUUAUUGAAGAAAGUUCAGUCUAGUGGAAACCACAAUUGUAUCUCAUCACGCCCUAGACUUUUGCAAUGUGUCCUUGCCAGUUGUGUGGAAGACUUCACCGAAAUUAAACUAUUCGCCUGCAAUUACGGACACAUUUCAAGUAUUACUGUGUUCAUAGAAUCUGCAACGACAAGUGCAUUGCUAUGCUUACAAUUGUAUAUCCUGUCAAAGGAUUUCACUGUUGGAGAUACAGUAUAUGCGGCGUGGAGUGUUGUCACUGUGGGUAUGCUGUGGGUUUAUUAUUGGCAUGCUAAUGAAAUUUCGGAUAAGAGUAAUGAAAUAACCAAUGCAUUAUACUCGUUUAAGUGGUAUGAAGAGCCCCUCUCCCUUCAAAAGGACAUUGCUCUAUUUAUGACGGCGUCAAUGAAACCAAUAAUAAUGAAGAGCGGCUUCUUAUACAUUAAUAUAGAUUCGUUUUGCAAGAUACUAAAAACUUCUUAUAGUUAUUUUACGUUGCUUCAAAAUUUUGUAGAAUAAUAGAAGACAAAUAUAUAUACAGCAAUCUUGACUUAGAAAAACAUUUUAGUAGUUGAUAUCGGCACCAGAUGGUAUAAUUAUUUGCAAUUUCCUUGUUUGUUGAAGUAUCUAUAUGAUGAAUAAUAAA